AUGAAGCCAGUGAGAAAUAAUAAUUACAUGUUACGUUUUCCACCUAAUGAAGGACUAGAUGCAAUGGGAAAAAGCACCAAGGGAAUUGUUCUGAAUAGAGACAUUAACAAAUGGGCCGAUAAUAGAAAAAUGCUCACUAAAGCUAUAAUGGCCCCAAAUGUAUUAAAGUUUUCAGCUAAUAUUGUAAAUUGUGUUUUUAAAGACUUAGAAAUUUAUUGGGAUUCUUUAAUUGAUGAAAUGGGAGAAUCUAUUAUAAAUCAAGAAAUUCAUCAAAAAAAAGUAUUGGAAAUUGAUAUCGUGCCUUGGAUUAAAAGAACUUUCACUGAAAAUAUAAUGUUAUUAACAACAAACAGACCAUCUAAUAUAUUAUUGAAUUAUUAUAAAACCAGUAAAAAAGAUUCCAACAUAAUUAAAACUGCUGAGGAUGAAUAUUUAGAUGGUUCAAAAGAUGCACUAGUUUGUAUGAGAUAUUAUGCAAUGAAAAGAAUAUAUUAA